CUUUAACCCUCUAACGGUCCGAGCAUUCAGCCUUUGGGGGAAAGACAUGAAAGAGCAGCCAUUAAUGGAACGGGUCAAAUGUUGGUGCAUGAAGGGGAGGAUGGUAAGGACUGGCUCUGGCUCUAUAAAGUAGAGAGGUGGGAGCAGAUCAGACAGAAACAGAGACCUACACACCAGCAGCCACACUCUCAUUAGGACCACCUCAGAGGCACCAUGAAACUCACAAUCCUGGUCUGCACAUUGGUGCUGCUCUCUCUGUCUGUGAUCUCAGUGAUGGGACAGAGAUUGAAUCCGUUCCAGCCCAGGAGGCUGUGGCAUUAUCAAGACCGACAGGCUAAAUGCUCAGAGAAGUUUGAACGUGGACUGUGUGAUAGCAUUCUCAAGCCUGUGUGUGGGGACAAUGGCAAAACUUAUGACAACGAGUGUAAACUCUGUUAUGAGAACAAGAGAUACAACAAGGAUGUCAGGAUCGUUCGAGCGGGCGAAUGUGUUCUGUACCCGGUAAGGGGGUAAACAUUCUACAUCUUAUAAAAUACAUUCUCCUGCAUUGAGGGAAUGUACAGUAAACGGCUGUCGCAUUACACUUGCCCUAACGGCUUGCUCAUCCAGUAAGGUGGUGUCCUGGGGGAAGAGUGGAGAAGACCGAAGCCUUGUGUAAUCUGUAGACUGCUGCUGUAUAUGUAAUCUGUAGACUGCUGCUUUAUGUGUA